GAUCGGGACGAGUCCACCCAAACACACGAGUCGCGACGAAAACAACUCGUGGCCGAAGGAGAUUUUUUUUCCCUUUUUUCACGUAAUUUCGCUUUAAGGAAGGACCGGGGAUUGCGUUCGCCUCCCGGGCAAGCGCGCGAGUUAUUCCAGACUCCCGGCGGAGGAGAGUAGAAGCAGGUCAGGCAGCGAGAGAGGAGGGAGAAGAGGCGAGAGCGAUGGGCCGCAGACACAGGCACGUGCAGUACGAGAAAUACGUGGCGACUCGGACGAUGAUUCCGACGACGACGAUGAUUCCGACGUGGAUUCCGACAUCUCGGAGGAGGAGUUCCCGUCCCUCACGAAGAAGGAGAAGAAAAUGGCCAAGGAUAUUCUCUCUCAGCCCGUGCAGGCUCCAGUCAUGAAGUCCAUUGCAGAAAUUGCAAGAGAAAAGCUGAAGAAACUUGAGCAGAUGGUCCACCCAGCCAAGCCAGACCCAGGAUCGAAGAAAAUCAAGAAUGGCCAAGUGCUGAUUAGGAAGCAGAGCAAGGCCAAGCGACUUCUGAUUGGUCAGAUUCGUCGGCUCAGGAAAAGACUAAAGCGAAAGGGCAGAUAUGAUGAAAUGAGGGAGAUUAUGGAAGAGGAGAAGAGACUCACGAAGCUGGAACCGCGAACCCUCGAAUCGACCAGGGAGGCCGAUGAGACCACUGUGCAGGAGAACGACGAGGAAGUGGAGCAGGAGGAAGCCUUGGACGCCUUUGCCGACUAUUAUAACAAGGCGUACGAGCCUCGGAUUUUGGUCACAUCUAGCGAUAAUCCACAUAAGGCAACUGUUUCAUUUAUUCGUGACCUAUGCCGGGUAAUACCCAACGCUGAGCCCAAGUGGCGCAAUAGAGCAAGUAUUAAAAAGACGGUAAAAAACGCAAAGGCGAAUGGCUUCACAGACCUUAUUUUUAUCAACGAAGAUAGGAGAAUGCCAAAUGGUCUGCUCUUGAUUCACUUGCCGGAAGGGCCAACAGCACUCUUCAGGGUCAGCAAUACUCGCAUGGGUAAAUCCGUGGCUAAGAAGCAUUACAUAGGAGAUACUGAUCAUAGACCUGAGGUGAUAUUGAACAACUUCACGACCCGGCUGGGACGCGUUGUUGGACGCAUGCUAGGAGCGAUAUUCCAUUACGACCCGGAGUUUAAGGGCCGGAGAGUGUGCACCUUCCACAACCAGAGAGAUUACAUAUUUUUUAGACAUCACAGAUAUGAAUUUAGGAACCAACAGAAGGUGAGCUUGAAGGAGAUGGGACCAAGGUUUACGUUGCGACUCCAGUGGCUGCAGCAGGGGGCUUUCGAAGGGGAUUUCGAAUGGAACCUCAAGAGACACGACAUGGAGACCUCCAGAAGAAGAUUCUUCC